AGGAGAGAUAAUUAAAUAGUGAGACUGCUUCUCAUCUUUUAAAAGCAGUUUACUUCCUGGUGUCUCUCUUUGAUGGUUGCUGAAGAGGCCCAGAAACUCCAAACCUAGAAGAGCAAAUAAAGAAACCCAAACCAUUUCUGCCACUCCUUUACACUAUCUCUUGACGAAUUGUCCCUCUAUCUGUUGCCAGUUCAAGCCCUAUCUGGAGCAUUGCUGCAAGCUCUCAUCUUUUUUGGAACUGCUUUCAGUGGGAAAAAGAAAAGGAAGUUAAAGGACCUAUGAGAAAGUCAAGACUGCUGUGUCCUUGAUAACUGUUCAUAUUCCCUGUGCAGCAGAGACACUUAAAUGAUGAUCCGUGUGAAGACAGACAAAGUUAUUUUUUUUUUCAGGGGUAUGACACAGUGAAACUCAUCAAGUAGGAGUACAGGCAUUUAGGAAACACCCAGACCAGCACUCUGGAUGUAGUGGAGCCCAUAAAACAGGAGUUUAUGAAACAAGUGAAAUAGUGAAAUUUGGCAAAAAUGGCGUGUGAAUUUAAUCUGAACUUCCUUAAGGAAUUAGAACGAGAGGCUGUUCUGGAAGUCCUAUACCGUGACCAGAUGGUGAGGAAAACGGAGGAGGAAAGAAUAAGGAAAAUGAAGCAGCAGCUGCAGCAGCUUCGGUGGAAGGGGGCAAAGAGCUCAAGGCACGAGUACCAGGAGAGGUGCUGUGCUCGCUGCCAGAAGUCUCUGGGGCUGCUGGUGAACAGAGGCGCCGUGUGCAACGGCUGCAGCCACCGCGUGUGCUCCGAGUGCCGCGUCUGCCUGAACGCCUGCCUCUGGAAAUGCACCGUUUGCUAUGCUCAUGGAGAUGUGAAAGUGAAGGCUGGUGAAUGGUUCUUUGAGGAACGAGCAAAGAAAUAUCCAGGUGAAGGCAGACGUGAAACAGUUGGUGCAAAGCUCUUGGAAUCUUACCAGAAUCUGAGUAAAAUUUCUGUCGUACCUCCAACUCCACCUCCUUUCACAGAAUCACCAGCAGGAACCAACGUGAUGGGUAAUGAACUUGGAGAGUCUAAAAGGUUUAAUAAAUCUGUGGAAAACUUGUUUUUGUCGCUCACAACACAUAUAAAAAAAAUAUCAAAGUCCCAGAAUGAUAUGGCUGACAGAUGUGUCCUAACCACAGAUUAUGGGAAGAAUGUGGAAAGAAGAAAGCAAAGAAGGAGCCAGUCUGACACUGCAAUCAACGUUACAAGCAGGAUGAAAAGUACACCCAGUCUGCAACAGCUCAUCACUGGGGCCCAAAAUGACAGUGAAACUCAGAGCAAAAGUAGUUGCAAGGAAGAAGACAUAACAACCAGUCCCACGAGUGAUACAGUUUUCUGUGAUGGCAAAAAACAUGGGAGCUUGUAUAGUCUUAGCAGCACUUGCACUGAGUCUGGAUAUUUUGGCAAGGCUAACAUCACAGGAGAAAUAGAGUUUGCCUUAAAAUACAACUACAAAGCUUGCAUCUUGGAAAUCUGCAUCAAGGGAUGCAAGAACCUGGCUUAUGGAGAGGAGAAGAGGAAAAAGUGUAACCCGUAUGUGAAAGUUUAUUUACUUCCUGAUAAAUCUCCUUGGAGUAAGAGGAAGACAGCUGUCAAAAAGAGCACAGUGGAUCCAGAGUUUGAUGAGACUUUGAAGUACAAGAUUGAGCACUCCCAGCUGAGAAGUCGGCAGCUUCAGAUCUCUGUGUGGCAUGCAGGAGCUCUCAAAUACAGGGUGUUUUUGGGGGAAGUGGUGAUUCCUCUGGCAGCAUGGAAUUUUGAGGAGGACUCGAUGCAGUUUGACUGGUAUCCACUCAAACCCAAGCUUGAGAAGCCUGAAGAUCUUGUCCAGUACAGUGCUGAACUCCUCGUGUCUGCAAGGCUGUCGGUACCAGGCCAGUAUCAGAACCUCCAGUCUGAAGGAAACAAAGACCAAGGAGUUCUCAACUGCCAGCUUCAGGUUAUGAUAUUUGGGGCCAAGAACUUGCCCGUGCUGAGAUCUGCUGCAAUGCUGAACUCCUUUGUUAAAGGUUGUCUUAUCCUUCCAGACCAAGCAGAGGUAAAGCAAAAGUCUCCUGUCCUGAAGAAAGAAACCUGUCCACAGUGGAAACACUUGUUUGUCUUUGAUGGUGUGACCCCAGCUCAGCUACAGCAAUCAUGUCUGCACCUGACUGUCUGGCACAAGUCAAUUUUCAGCUCAAGUGAUCAGUUCCUAGGAGGAGCCAAGCUUGGUGCAAAGGAAUUCUUUGGCUCUAUGGACCUUGCUUCUCAGGGAGUGCUCCAAUGGCAGGAAGUGCUCCACAACCCAAACACAUGGAUGGACUUCACACUUGUACUGCAUUCAAAUAAGGAAAACUUUAAAUCAUGAGAGAUUAUCAGACAAAACCUUUCCUUUCCCAUGUCUGAUAUUUUAAACUGAAGUGGUACAUACACUUCAGUUCUGGAAAAAGUACACUGCAAUAGCACCUGCUCCAGUUACUUUGGGAAUAGAAUUAUGUGUUUGAACGUGUGUGACAUUCUGAAUGUGUGAUUUCUUCAGAAGUUAAGGCUUUAGCCUGUGUCUCUAGCUGGAGUGUAAGGAUGAUAUUGUUUCUUGAGGAGUGACAGCCUCAGUUUGAGAUGCAUUAUGCUGUUAAAGCAACAGGGGCCAGACAAUGUGCAGCUUUCCAUUUCUAGGCCUAGCAGAACUGUUACUAUUUUAUUUAAAUCACAAC